GUGGGAUUCGUGGUAUCGUCUUAACGAUCCUCUCUGCAGAAUCUUUCCACUCCAUAGAUCAUGACACGCUGAACAGAGACAUAAUAGAACAUGAAUCCACAGUCCUAACACAUGAGGUACUUGUCCUCACACUGUAUGUUUCUCAAACCUUUAACAUAUACAUCGCUUACCCUAGCUUCUUUCACUGGUUCGCAUCACUGGGCAAAUCACUGGGCAGAACCUCCCUUGAUGCGGUUCAACUUCCGCUCAGUGGACGAUAAGAAAUCAUUUCUACAAUUCUACAUAUCGAUCUCGAAUGAACUUACCACCGCCUCGAACCCUGUCAUCCUUCGGAUCCUUGUUGAAGACGAACAAAUGCUCUACCCAUCUGCUGGGGUGACGGGCGUGGAAAGGCUCCUCUUCGAGCUUGCUGCUGAAUUAAUCAAUAAUAUCAUUCAUGGGGACGGGGCGCUUCAGUUGGCGUAUCUCGUGAAAUUGGAAGAGCACCCCCCCGAGACCGAUGUCCAGUGCAUCAAGUCUAUCCUCCAGUGGAACCCUCUGACUUUCAUCGUUCUCUCAGCUCCUACUCUGGCGUUGGAGCAUCGUGUCCUGUUUUCCUCUAGCGAUAUUAUCAAGUCGGAGAACUGUAUUAGCCAUGCUGCUCAGUUGUUCGUCCCCUCGGAACCAUUGAGACCUUCUAAUGAUACUUCUUCAUCAUUCGAGAAUAAUAAUAUCCAAGGUCUUCCAGCAGAACUUGAACUGGUAACACCAUUCCAGACACUCUGCAGGGCCUAUUGUCUACCGACGGAAUAGGGGAAGAUCAAGGCUAUUCACGUACCGAUGUCUUUGCUCCAUACUGCUGUACUGAAUCCUGGUCCGGAAGUGAGGGCUGCGCUGAGGUUGACGAUGCUUCACGAGAUGACCCAUCGUGUCUUGGAGCACAUUUUCAGGUGGCCUGGCGAUCCCCCGAUAAGGUCGAUACCGUGGAUUAAUUCUGGUGUCUUCGAUGAUGC